AUGGGUAGCAGACGUCAUAAGAACAAGCAAGCCGCUCCACCAACUUUGGAGGAAUUCCAAGCUAAAAAGGACAAAAAGGCUAAUAGAAAGUUAGAAAAAGGAAAGAGACCUUCUGCCACUCAAGGUGAUGAAGUUUCCGAUAGAAAAAAGAAGAGAUCGAAGCCAUUCAAGAAAUCCAGAAAACAAGAAGAAGAGGUUGUCGAAGAAGACAAAAACUUGCCAGAAGUUGAUCUUGAAGCUMUGUCUAAGGCCAGAAAAUCAUUGUUUGACGAUGACGAAGACGCUGCUGAAGCAGGAUCUGAUGAUGAAGAGCUAAAAGAUGAGUUUGACUUGGAACAAGAAUAUGAUUACGAUGAAGACGAAGGUGACGAGGCUCACCCAAUAUUCUCAGAUGACGAUAAUGACGAAGGUGAUCUUGAAGAAUUAAAUGCACAAAACAUGGAAGCUCUCUCCAAGAAAUUGGAUGAAGAAGAGGCUGAAGAAGCUGAAGAAGCCGAAAUGGAAUUAGUGGAAGCUGAACAAAUGCAACCAAGAGCUGAUGUCUUGCCAACCGAAGAACAAGAAGAAAUGAUGGCUCAAGAACCUCCUAAUUUAACCUCUACCAGAACAAGAAUGAUCGAAAUUGUCAAGGUCUUGGAAAAUUUCAAGACCCUCGGCGCAGAAGGCAGAUCCAGAGCGGAAUACGUUGACAGGCUUCUAAAAGAUAUCUGUGAAUAUUUUGGUUAUACACCAUUCUUGGCCGAGAAACUGUUUAAUUUAUUCUCACCAGCUGAGGCGAUGGAGUUUUUCGAAGCUAAUGAAAUCGCUAGACMAAUCACCAUUAGAACUAAUACGCUAAAGACUAGAAGAAGAGAUUUAGCUCAAACGCUUGUGAAUAGAGGUGUCAAUCUACAACCUAUUGGUUCUUGGACCAAGGUUGGUUUACAAAUUUUCGAUUCCCAGGUCCCAAUUGGUGCUACCCCAGAAUAUUUAGCAGGCCACUAUAUCUUGCAAGCAGCAUCAUCCUUUUUACCAGUCAUUGCUUUGGACCCUCAUGAAAAUGAACGUAUUUUGGAUAUGGCUGCUGCACCAGGUGGUAAGACCACCUACAUAUCUGCCAUGAUGAAGAACACUGGUUGUGUUUUUGCUAAUGAUGCCAAUAAAUCAAGAACCAAAUCUUUAAUUGCUAAUAUCCACCGUCUAGGCUGUACCAACACUAUUGUAUGUAAUUAUGAUGCUCGUGAGUUCCCAAAAGUUAUCGGUGGCUUUGAUAGAAUCUUAUUGGAUGCCCCAUGUUCUGGUACUGGUGUUAUUGGUAAGGAUCAAUCUGUUAAGGUUUCCCGUACCGAGAAAGAUUUCAUUCAAAUUCCACAUCUACAAAAACAAUUGCUUUUAUCCGCUAUUGACUCCGUUGACUGCAACUCCAAACAUGGUGGUGUAAUAGUAUAUUCAACAUGUUCUGUUGCUGUGGAAGAGGAUGAAGCUGUCGUAGAUUACGCAUUGAGAAAAAGACCAAAUGUCAAACUAGUCGAAACUGGUUUGGCCAUCGGUAAAGAAGGGUUUACUAGUUUCAGAGGUAAGAAGUUCCAUCCUAGUGUAAAAUUAGCAAGAAGAUACUAUCCACAUACUUAUAAUGUCGAUGGGUUCUUUGUUGCCAAAUUCCAAAAGACAGGUCCAUCUACGUUCGAUGAUAACCAAGCAAGUGCCAAAGAAAAGGAAUUUGCCGCUAGAAAGGAAGCUUUGGAAGAAGGUAUCAUUCACUCUGAUUUCGCUAGUUUCGAAAACGAAGAAGAUGAAAAGUAUAUUAAGAAGUCUGUGAAAAACAAUCUUUUGAAAAAGGGUGUUAAUCCAAAGGCCAAAAAGCCUUCCAAUGAAAAAUAA